UAAGGUUUGCUAAAUGGUCAUAUUAAAAUUCGAAAAUGUUUUCUCAGUGUUUGCAGUUAAUUUGUGAUGAUGAAGUUGAAAUAAUAAAAAUAACUGAAGAUUUAUAUGACGAUUCCGUAGAGUUAUUUCUCAAGUAUUUCAUGAAAUAUGAAAAUGUCAGUAUUGCUUGUAAUCUAAACGAAUGCCCGGAAGAAAUGGAAAACUUUAUAAGGGCGGCACUGAAAGAUAACAUCUCAUUUGCGGCUCGAGAUGUAGAAACACAAGAACUAGUGGCCAUAUGUAUUAAUAAAAUUGUGAAUCCUUCUGCUCAAAUAACUUUAAAUGAAGUCUUUGCCUCUUUCAAAUCUCCCAAUAUGCAGAAAGUCGCCGAAUAUCUUCACACUGUCGAAUGCACUUAUGACAUUUUUAAGGAGUGGCAAAUCGAUUGUGCCUUUGAGCUAAUGUUCAUUACCACACGCACCGAUUAUGCGAAACGUGGCAUUGCUUUCUCUUUGGCUAAAUUUGCACUGGAAUAUGCUGGUAAACUUAAAGAGAAUGACUGGGAUGAGUCGCAACAAUUGCCCGAACAUAUAAGAGGACAAACGCCGAAAGCUUUAAUAUCAGUUGCUACCUCACGUUAUACACAAAUCGUUGCAGAGAAGUUGGGUCUUGAAACAUUAUUUAGCGUGGAAAAUUCUGAAUUUUCGUUUGAGGGCAAAACAUUUGCGGAGAAAAUAGAUCCUAUACAUAAGUAUUCAACAUUUGUUGCUAUUAGAUUGUGAAACAUUUGUUGCUAUUGUGGUUGUGGUUGUAUUCAGUUAUUUAAAGAUAAAAUAAAUAUUGGGGCUAAAAUGUGA